AUGAAGCUCAGCACUCUGCUCUUCGCUCUUGGAGCCAGCUAUGGACUUGUCUCUGCGAGGGUCCCUCUGGUUGACCGCGAUAACGACCUUCUACAUGGUGGAAAUCCUGGUACACUUAGCGAUGAUAUUCCACAUGGUGGAUAUCCAAUUUUCCCCGACUCAACUCGAGUUCGUCGCCGAGCUGGUUUUGGAGCGGCGCCUAUCCCUGCUGGCACUACCUCCUCUGGUGAGAGCAUUACUGAAAAUGUGAGUCUUUAGUGGUGUCUCUUGUUCUGUAUUCUAUCCGCCUCCCCAUCUCUUGCUGUGAGUAGAGAGAGCGCACAAAUAUCCCCAUAGACCAGGUAGAACAACCAUCCUAAUGGUAUUAACUUACAUUCUCGGUAGUGGGGAGGACUGAUCGUCAGAAACCCUCCACCCAACGAGCACUUCAUCAGCGCCUCCGCCCAAAUCCAAGUCCCAGACAUCAAGCUGCCCGCAGGCGCACCGGACGGAAAGUACGUCACAACAAUCUGGGUAGGAAUCGACGGCACGGACGGGAAUCCGGGUCUUUUCCAAGCGGGCAUGGCCUUGAACCUCUUCAAAGAUUCAAAGGGCACGCGUGUCGAGUCCGAUGUCUGGGUUGAGUGGUUUCCCGAUCCGCAAAUUGGUCUUGACGACAAGAACGAGAUUGAUAUCAAGCCGGGAGAUUGGAUCGAUGUUCAAGUUGUCACCGACUCGAGUAUUGAGCGUCCCUCGACGGGUACGAUCAAAAUUGAGAACUUCAAUACGGGGAAGAAGGCCGUUAGGACUCUGCAUGCUCCGCGACCGGGUUUAGAGCUUCCGGGGAAGAGUGUCGAGUGGAUUGUGGAAAGAUUGACAAGCAAUGGUCAACUAUCAACCCUUCCUGAUUUUGGAACGGUGCAUUUCAUUAAUUGCCAUGCAUUAACCAAAGGCAAUGCGGGCUCGGGAAGUCCAGGUCGUGAUAUGUACCUGGAUAAUGCUGAAGAGAUAAUCCUCGACCAAAAUGGAGUACUGAUGACUAACAUCGUCCGGCCUGAGAAUGGUGUCGAGUUCUUCGUCGAGUACAAACCGCAUAAGCAAUGA